GCUGGAGUUUUAACCUUCUGUUUGGGAGCGUCUGCUCCGGGAUAUUUGAGGGAGAAAAUGUACGAGCGACACAAGCGGAGGUACAGCCUCCGUGCCAAAGGAGAGAGAGCUGUGGACGUGGUUUUGAUAAAGAUCCAGCGAGACAGAGAGGCGUCGUUUCAUCAGCCCUGCAGCGCUCUCCACUCAGGAUCCUCACAGUCUUCAGAGUCUCCCAGCACGCCCAGCAGAACCAGCAGGGUCCCCAGUUGUCAGUCCACAGCUCACAGAGACUCUGGCAGCGACAUCGAAAGCUUCCUGAACGCUGAGACGGGAUACGACAGCGUCUUCAGAAAGAACGACGAAGCAGUUACAGGAGGAGACAGCACCAGCGAGGUCUCCGUCUCCUGUUCCUCCACCGACGACACCGCCAGCGUAGGUCCGUCCAGCUCCAGUCCCGAGGGCAGCCAGGGUCUGGAAUGCAGCUGGAGCCCGGAGGAGGGCGUACGGACCGGGGCUACUGUCACUGCAGGACUGGACAGCGGCGGCGGUGGUGGAGCGGGAGACGCUGAAGAAGAGGCCAAAGACAGAGUGAGCGAGGUGCCACGGCGCUCCUGCCUCCUCAGGAACAGCAACCGGUCCAUCUCCCCUCUGCGGCGCCACAGCUGGGGUCCGGGAAAGAACAACGGAGGAGACGCAGAGAUGAACCAGAGGAGCUCCGUCUGUAGCCACGGUGAAGGGAAGCUGACCUUUCACAGGAGAAGCUACAGCCUGGAGGGUCUCAGCGGGGCCCAGGAGGAGCUGAGAGGCCCCGCCACCCGGGUCCCCCGGAUCCUGGAGCCCUUCAGGAUGCCCCGGCACGACAGUGACGACAGGGGCUCUCUGGUGUCUCUGACAGAGGAGCAGGAGGAGCUGGGGGAGCACACCAGAGAGCACGACCCGAAAACGAGGCGCUAUCGACCUCUGCGGAACAGCUGUCCUCCCAUGUCCCUGCCCCUCACCAAGUCUGUGUCCAUGCUCGCCAUCAGCCAGAGAGACACUGAUGGUAUGAGGUCGUUUUCAAGUGCCUCUGGAUCUCUGGCAUACAGCAUAUCGGAGGAGGAACCUGGCCCUCUGCGAAGCGACACUGAGGGGAAGAACGUGACAAAAGUCAGCCGGACCUUCAGCUACCUCAAGAAUAAGAUGUACAAAAAGACCAGGGAAAAGGAGCGCGACAAGAGGGAGAAAGAGAAGGAGGGCAAGGAGAAAGACAAGAAGGCGACUAAUGGUCAUCUUUUCACAGCAGUCAUCUUGGGCCCCACCGCCCAGUGUUCCCAGUGCAGUAAAGCCUUCAACAGCAAGGGGGGAUUCCACUGUACAAACUGUAAUGUUUCCGUCCACAAGAGCUGCAGGGACGGCCUGCCCGUUUGUGCCAAGGUGAAGAUGAAGCUGCCCAAACAGCAGUCUGCGGUUCCAGACUCGGGCUCGUUUCCUACAGUCACCAUGAGGAACAAAACUGGAGGGGCGAGGGAGCGUCCCUGGUCGGCCAUCUUGUCCCCUGAAGACCACUCGUCCCUGAUGAUCCCGUCGUCACGGAGACACACCAGCAUCAUGAAUUUCCAUGGCAACAACCUCUCCAAGAGUCUCUCCAUCAGCAACAUCGCCGGCCCGGUGUUUGACGACAUGCCCAUCAAAGGUCUGCGGUAUCUCUCUCAGUCGACCGACUCUCUGAACAGAAACAACCAGGUCACCGAGUCCAUGGAGUCACUCACCGACGAAGGGACGGAGAUGAUGGACGGGCAGCUGAUGGGCGAGUUCGAGGCCGACGCCAAGGACCUGGAGUCGGACUCGUGGAGUUUUGGAGCGGAGCCUCAGUACCUGCAGCAGCUGGACAAAGAGCUGGUGAAGAGACAAGACGUCAUAUACGAGCUGAUGCAGACGGAGAUGCAUCACAUCCGGACGCUGCGCAUCAUGUCGGAGGUCUACAGCAAGGGCCUGCAGAAGGAGGUGCAGCUGGACCUGCAGACGCUGGAGAGGCUGUUCCCCGUUCUGGAUGAGCUCCUGGACUUCCACACGCAGCACCUCCUGCGCCUCCUGGAUAGGAAGAGGGAGAGCCAGCUGGAGGCGGGGAGCUCUGAGGGGGGCUUCGUCAUCAACAGGAUAGGAGACAUCCUCGUCAACCAGUUCUCAGGAUCCCACGGCGAGAAUAUGAAGAGGGUUUAUGGCCGAUUCUGCAGCCGGCACAACGAGGCGGUGAACCUUUACAAGGACCUACUGACCAAAGACAAACGCUUCAAGGCCUUCAUCAAAAAAAAGAUGAGUAGCAGCAUCGUGCGGCGGCUCGGUAUCCCAGAAUGCAUCUUGCUGGUGACCCAGAGGAUAACGAAGUACCCGGUGCUGAUUCAGAGAAUGCUUCAGCACACGAAAGAGAGCGAGGAAGACUUCGACGACCUGACGGACGCCGUGCGGCUGGUGAAGGAGGUGAUCGCGUCGGUCGACAGCAAAGUGAACGAGCACGACAAGAGGAAGCGCCUGAAGGAGUUUCACGUCCGCACGGACAGCAAGUCCAUCAUGAUGAUGAAGAGCGGUCAGAUCUUCGCCCGGGAGGAUCUUCUGAGGAGGAGGCUGAUCCACGACGGCGUGCUGCAGCUGAAGAACAGCCAGGGGAGACUGAAAGAUGUCCACGCUCUGCUCCUAUCAGACAGCUUCGUCUUUCUUCAAGAAAAAGACCAGAAAUACGUCUUCGCUAUGCUGGACCAGCGCUCCACCGUCAUCUCCCUCCAGAAGCUCAUCGUGAGGGAGGUGGCCAACGAGGAGCGCGGCCUCUUCCUCAUCACGGCGGGGAUCGAGAAGCCCGAGAUGAUGGAGGUCCUGGCCAGCUCGAAGGACGAGCGCAACACCUGGAUGCAGCUCAUCCAGGACGCCAUGCAGUCCAUGGAUAAAGACGAGGAUGAAGGGAUCCCCAGUGAGACGGAAGAUGACAAAAGACAACUGGAGAGUAAAGCCAAGGAGAUGAGAGAUCUGUUGAGGCAGAAGGACACAGAGAUCAUGUCUCUGCUGGAGGAGAAGGUGCGGCUCUUCAGGGGGAUGUGGGAGGGACUGAACCAGGGCGAGGAGGUCCCCCAGCAGGUGGAGCCUUUCUUCAGGUCGUCCAGCAGCCAGGAGCUGCCCAGGGGGGCGUCGGUCAUGAAGGACGCCCUGCAGGAAGUGGAGACGUUGCAGGCUCUGGUGAACGGCAGUCUGGGCGGGGCGAUGGCCAGUGUCCAGGAAGUAGCGAGCACAGGGCCGGUGUGUCUGCCGCGUCGGGCCGAGACCUUCGGAGGCUUCGACAGUCACCAGAUGCACAGCAGUAAGACCGGAGACAGAGACGAGAGCGAGGAUACGGCGGGAGAUCUGCGCAGGACGGAGUCCGACAGCGUUUUAAAGAAGGGAGGAAACGCCAACCUGCUGCAGCUGCUCAAGAGGAACAGUGAGCAGGUCCUCCACAGCGUCUCCAACCUGCACCUCCUGCUCAGCACUCUGCAGGCGGUGGUGGUCCAGCAGGACAGCUUCAUAGAUGACCAGCGGCAGGCCCUGAGCGAGCGCCCCUCCUCCUGCUCGUCUCUAUCACGGCCGUCGUCUCGGCCCGGCUCGCUGAUCGAACAGGAGAAGCAGCGCAGCCUGGAGAAGCAGCGGCAGGAGCUGGCCUCCCUGCAGAGGCAGCAGGCGGCUCAUGCUGAGGAGAAGAGGAGGAGGGAGAGGGAGUGGGAGCACAGGGAGCAGCAGCUGACGGAGAGGGAGGCGCUGGUGCACACACAGCAGGAGGAGGAGGUCUGCAAGCAGCACAAGGAGCUGGAGGACGCCAAGCAGGAGCUGCAGAGUAAGAAGGACGAGUACCAGAGGGACCUGGAGCGGCUGAGGGACGCCCAGAGGAAGCUGGAGCGGGACAAGGAGGCUCUGCAGCGGCACCUCGACAAGAUGGACGAGCUCCGUCUGGCUGAGAAUCCCUCCACCACUCUGGACGACCUCCAGUUCCCCGCCGGCUCCCAGUCUCCGGAGCCGGAUCCACCGGAGCUCUCCUCCUCGUCCUCGUCCUCCCUGCCAAGGCUGCUGCCCCAGAAGUCCAAGCCCAAAGGGAAAGGCCUCAAUCCGUUUACCUCCAGCAACACCAACCUCAAGGGCAGCGAAGGCGGCAACAACCAGCUCUCAAAGAGUCUGCUGCAGCUGGCCAAGAACAAGAGCAAAGACGGGAAAGAGAAGAAGAAGAAGAAGGGCAAAGGAGGAGGAGGCGGCGCGCAGACAGCAGACCCCCAGCACCUCCCAGAGCCCCCUCUGGACGGAGAAAUCUUCUUCUGCUGAGAGAACUGGUUCUCCUCCUGGUCCUGGUCCUCCUUAUCAACCCAUCACAGCCACCCAGAGGACGAGCCUCUGCCAAGUAGCAGUCCUCGACAGUGACUGAAACAGAAACUUUUUUUGCACCUUGGAAGGAGUUUAAAUUCCACAACAUCACAUGCAAUCAAACAGACAGAACAUGUGUUAUUAACACCACUGCUGGUACCUUUAAGAAGGUACGCUAUGUAAAGGAAGUACGAGUUCACAGGCGGAACAUUUAUCACUUAUUCUGUCUCCAAAAAAUCCUGUUUUCCUUCUCCAAGACGCCACGCUUUCAAGACGGAGGAUUCACCUCUUCAUUUUGUACAAUCAUAAAUUUGUGAUAGAGGAUCAAAUUGAAAAGCAUUUCACAGAAGAUUGCCUCGCUGGCUCUGCCAAGUGUGUCAGCAGCUCCACUGCCUCUCAGCCUCUGUGUUUGUUCAGAGGCCGUCCUCUGAAAUGUGACUGAACCCCCUGGAACAAGGACAGGAACAAACCCAACAGAUAUGAAUGUUAACGAGCUCCACAUGGUGCUGGAAACUCUUCUUCCUGAACGUCUUCAUCGACGACCACUAGCCGGCUGAAGGCAGCGAGGGGAAAGUAGUGAAGGAGGGAUGAAGCGAGGUGUUUUCAGUGUUGUCUGCGGCGCUCCUCUCUGAUAAACGAUCCUGUAUUAAUCCACUCUGAAGGGGCGUCGCUGCCUUUACUCACCGUUCAGAAAAGAAGACUCGGCGAGUAGGUCCACUAAUCUGCAGCUUUGAAAACAAACAGAAGUGGUGUAUUAUCCUGUUGGUAAGACUCGUGUAAAUCAGUGAACUUCUUGUGAUGACAGAUUCAACACAAAACUAAGUGCUCUGUCUUCUUCGAUUGUCUGAUUUUUUUUAAAUUUUCAAAAUCCAAAACAAAAAAUGCCAACCAGAAUUUACAUUUUUUUUGUCACUUCAAAUCCAAUAUUACCCCUUUAAUAAGAAUAUGAAUAUCAUAUUUACAUGAUGCAUAAACAUCUGUCCUGUGCAGAUGUGUCAGAUGGAGACGUACCUCUUACUUUACAUCCUUCAGUUUCUUUCCUGGAGCCUCGGGUGGAUCUCAACUUGAUCCUCUGCUUAAUCCGCCCGUCAACACGGCCCUCAUCACCUGCAGGGCUUCCCCAUCCUCUUUUUUUAAUUGCAUGUACCUCUGCAGGUAGCAUGCUGAUGUGUCUGUGAGAGACGCACACGGCUGAUGGUUUGAGGAAUCGGAGGUUGUUUUAGACGUUUAGAGAGAGAGAGAGAGAGAGAGAGAGAGAGAGGACGUUGACGUCAUGUUUGCCUGUUUUGGACUCUGAACGACGGGAGCGUCUCAGCAGGUGUCGCCCGAGUCUCUGAUUGUUUCCAAUCAAUCAACACUCGUCUGUGUUGUUAAGCACUUUGGUCCUAAUGUGUCGAUGCUUUUCGUUUCUCAUCAGUGUGAGAUGUCAAUCAGGCAGAUCUGUGUCGACUUUUUUUUUUGAAUCGAGGGCACAGACGCUCAUGAAAGCAGCGACGAUCCAAAGCGAGUAAAAUGAUUCAAAUGAAUCCAAACAGCUGCAGCUUCAUUUAGUUUAAUUUGAUUUGACGCCCAUGUUUUAGCCACAUCGUGCUCACGUUCAGGGCCACACACACACUCUACCUGCUGGACAGGUAGGAAGUCAAAGGAGGGCGAGUUCAAAGGAGCCGUUCUUCAGUGAAUCAGCGCCACAGAACUCCCUUGUCUCGUCUUGAAGUGCUUGUUUGUGACUUCAUGUCUGCUGGUUUAUUACUGUGUGUCUUCUAAGAGGCUUACAGAGGCCAGCCAAUUAGUUGCUUCAUGUCUUUUUGUUUAUGGCUUUACGGUUAAUCCUGUUGAAAAAACAGAGGGACGUUUCUGCCCCUCGCUUUAGGUGUAUUUGACCACUAGGGGGCGCUGCACCUACGACUGAAUCACAUCCCUGUCUCACACAAAAGACAGAAAUAUGAAAGUAUUUUUUAAUUCUUUUAUUGUGAGAAGUGGAGACGCUGUCCUCAGCAGGUCAGAGAUAAAAGUGAGGAGCGUGGGCUCUCUCACUCGCUGACAUUUGUAAUCGACUGCAGAAAACAAAGAAGUUGUCAGAGGUUGUAAUCGGUUAUUCAGUGAAACCACAGCAGAAGCUUUGAUAUGAACACACACACACACACACACACACACACACACACACACACACACACACACACACACACACACACACACACACACACACAGGUGUUGUAUUUGGAGGGAGCGCUCUCUCUCUCAAUCUCUGUGUACGGGACAAUCAGCAGACACGAUGAGGAAAAUGAACUCCCUCCCCGAUGAUGAUGAUGAUGAUGAUGAUGAUGAUGAUGGGCCCGUCGGUGAUGACGAGCGUGUCCGUCAGGUGAACCCUGCGUAGCCUUAAAUCUUAACGAUGAAAAUGCACUCGAGUAGAACCCAAACAUCUUCUCAGGAGAGAGAGGAGAGCUUUUUGUACCCUCUGCUCCGACAUGUAGGACAUGUCUGUACUAUAAAAAGAAACGCUUCAUCCCCGACUAUGUAAAAAAACAAAAGGGCAAAGACUUAAUGUGUAAAUAUGAUUCAUGUAUAAAACAAAUCACAUGUAAAAAAAAAUCUGUUUUGUUGAUUUAUUGCAACAUUUUAUAAGAAUGUUUUAUUUAUGUUUUAUUCUCACCGCUGAGGUGAUGUGAAGUCAUAUUUCUCUCGUAAUAAAAAAAAGUCAUUAUGGACAUAA